AUGGAUUGGGAUUUUUGCUGUUGAUAGCAAUAAUGGAGAAAAUUUCUUACAGAAAAUGCAGCCCUUAGUUUCACAGAAUGGAAUAUGUUUAUCAUUUAUUCAAAGGAUUUCACAACUUGCCCAUUUGGAAGAUUCCGAAGAAACUUUUCAAAUUAUUGCCAUCCAUAUGAUGAAUAGCAAAUCCAAUGCAUUUCUUGUCUAUGGAGAAUCCUGGACAAUUAUGUCCCUAAGAUUUGUCAGAUUUAUGAUAGAUCCUGAGAGCAAGGAAAUUGAAUUAUUUAGAAAGGUGUGGAUUAUGACUGCGCAGAUUGAUUUCAUAUUAUCAGGAUUUCAAAUCACGUGGGAUCUCCAGAUGUUCCAUGGGGCUAUUUCCUUCAAUGCUCAUUCAUUAUCUGUUGUGGGUUUCAAGGAAUUUCUUCAGACCGUAAAUCCUCUUUCAGUCUACAGAAAUGGGUUUCUGCAUGAAUUUUGGGAACAAUCAUUUGACUGUUCAUUUCCAAAAUCAGAGUUACAAGAUAUGCACAGUAAGAAAUGCACUGGGCAGAAACUGGAGGAUCUUCCUGCGCCUGUCUUUGAAAUGGAAAUGACUGGCCAAAGCUAUGGUAUCUACAAUGGUGUUUAUGCUGUGGCUCAUGCUUUGCAAGCAUUACUCAUGCUGAGUUAUAAUACGAAAAAAAAUAUAAUGAGUAAAAAACCUGAAAAUCCAGAUAUCCAGGCUUGGCAGCUCCAUUCAUUUCUUCAUGGCAUUUCUUUCAACAAUUCAGCUGGGGAGGGAGUGUCCCUGAAUGAGAAAGGGGAAGCAACUGGCGGAUUCGACAUCAUCAACUUGAUCACCUUUCCAAACAGAUCCUUUCAGAGAGUUAGAGUUGGAGAGAUGGAUCUACAGGCUCCAAAAGGAAAGGAAUUAUUCAUUGAUGAAGAUCUAGUUGAAUGGCACCCAGGUUUUAACCAGGUUCUUCCAAUUUCUCAAUGUAAUGACCCUUGUUUCCCUGGAUCCUGGAAGAAAGGGAUUGAGGGAAAUCAGUUCUGCUGCUUUGACUGUGUUCCAUGCCCAGAAGGGAAGAUUUCAGAUCAAAAUGAUAUGGAUGACUGUUUUCCAUGUUCAGAAGAUCAUUAUCCCAAUAAAGAAAAGAAAGGCUGUAUCCUGAAACUGGUGGUGUUUCUAACAUUUGAAGAGCCGUUAGGAAUUGGUUUAACCUCAGCAGCUCUUGGUUUAUUCUUCCUGACAUCUUGGGUACUUGGAACAUUUGUUAAGUACAGGGAUACUCCCAUUGUCAAAGCCAACAACCGAUCCCUCACCUACAUCCUGCUUGUCUCUCUUCUCCUCUGUUUUCUCUCCUCUUUCUUCUUCCUUAGCCGGCCUGACAAAGUAAUCUGCCUUCUUCGACAAUCAAUGUUUGGCAUCACUUUCUCAGUGGCCAUUUCCUGUGUACUGGCCAAAACCAUCAUUGUGGUUGUGGCUUUCAUGGCCACGAAACCAGGAUCUCAGAUGAGGAGAUGGGUGGGGAAAAGAUUAUCUUUUUGUAUUGUCCUUUCUUGCUCUCUCUUCCAGGUAUGUAUUUGUAUUCUUUGGUUGUCAACAUCUCCUCCAUUCCCUGAUUUGGACAUGCACUCUGAACUCCAAGAAAUGAUUUUACAAUGCAAUGAGGGGUCAGCUUUCUUAUUCUACUGUGUCUUGGGCUACAUGGGUAUCUUGGCCAUUGCCAGCUUUAUUGUGGCUUUUCUUGCCCGUAAAUUACCUGACAGCUUUAAUGAAGCCAAGUUCAUCACCUUCAGCAUGUUGGCCUUUUGCAGUGUGUGGAUCUCUUUCUUUCCAGCCUAUCAGAGCACAAAAGGAAAAGCCAUGGUAGCUGUGGAGGUUUUCUCCAUCUUGUCCUCCAGUGCUGCGUUACUGGGAUGCAUAUUCCUCCCAAAAUGCUACAUCAUUGUUUUCCGGCCUGACCUCAACUACAGGGAGAAUCUCACAAAGAGAAAUUAGUACAUCAUGUGAUCUUUUUUCUAGGUAAAAUUGCUGAAAAAAAGAAUAAAAAACUGUUUACAGUCUACAGGACUGUAGGAACAUAGUUUUGUUUUGUUUUUCUGUCAAGGAAGGAUUAAUGUAGGUUAUUUAAGAUUAAUUCAUCCUUAAACCCAUUCCAAAGUCAGUGCUCAGGUUGCUGCAUUUCUAUAAUUGUCCAGGAUUCUUUAACCUAAUCCAUUCUCCCUUUCAACACUCUUGCUGAACUUGACUUUGAUUUAGUUUUCUUAGUCACUAUUAGGAUAUUUCAGAUAUUGACUCAAAUGAUGUCCAAUAUUUGCAGAGACAUUUUUCUGGGUUUUACAGUUUCAAUUCCUAAAGCUCUGUACAAAUAUAAUAAAAA